UCGCCGUCUCGUCUACGCGUGGUCUGUGUGCCUUCGGAUAAUCCGAUUAUUACGAGACAUUUGACGCUUUCUGAUUUAAAAGAAAUUUAUGUCAAAUUCAGUGGUGCAUCGGUCACAGCUCGCACGUGUCUUUGAACUUAACGCGUUUGUUGUGUGGAUAUUAAUAUUAUUUUAUUGUGAUCAAUAAUACCAUCGGACUGCGCGCUAUGACAUUAGAAAGAGUGCUCGUGUGGUGACAGUGCGUGUGUUGUGUAGUGGGUUGUAGUGGCAUGCGUGUGGCGGCCGCUGAACUGUGGUGACGAUGGCGGCGGUCAAAGUAUUGGUGUUGUUGAUACUGACGUCUGCUACGGGGCACACCAGUGGUUGUAAUUUCUACCCUGUCGGGGAAUACCUGAAGUUUGUCAGAAUACCGGAGAACUUGAAGGUCGGCGAAGAAGUUUUACAAGUUGAAGUCCAUCCCAGGAAGAAUCUGGUGCUGCAAGCAGUGGACAGAGAGGAAGACGCUCAUCUGUUCACAUACCGCGAUGUUAACAGGACGCACGUGGCGGUGUUGCUGGCUCAAAGCGUAGACCAGUUGGUUGACCGCGAGGCUCCCCAGAAUGUCGUCAAGUUCCGCCUCGGCUGCGACUUCCACACGGGAGACGACCUCAUCUCGGCGUACCUGUCGGUGACCGUGUACAUAGAGGACGUGAACGACAACGCGCCGCGCUUCCUUGACCUGCCCUACAGGGUGACCGUCGACGAACUCACACCGCCCGGUCUGACGAUCUUCAAAGGCAUCCGCGCGUUCGAUCGCGACAAGCCCAAUACUCCUAACUCCGAGGUGGAGUAUAGCAUCACGGGGGGUGACCCGGCGGGCAGAUUCGGCCUGGAGGGGCCGCACAAACCCGGCCUCGUGCUCGCCAAGCCUAUAGACUACGAUGCCGGCGACCGCGAGUUUCUACUCACUAUCACUGCCUCUGACCGCGGGUCACCACCGCGCACCACCAACGCUACGGUUCACGUCAUAGUGGCGGAUAAUGACGACCUGCCGCCGAAGUUCACGCUCGACGUCUAUAGAACCAAGAUACCAGAGUUCUAUCCUCUACUGGGCAAGCGUAUCCACAAGGAGCUGGUGUUCGAGCAGGCGGUGCGGGCGUUCGACCAGGACGCGGGCGUGGGCGCACCGCUGCGCUACGAGCUGAUCUCCGGCGACACGCGGCGCUUCUCACUCGGUCCACUCAACGCCACUCUAUUCCUUGACGCUGAGAUCGAUCUGGACGCUGAGUCGCUGCCUGGCAACACAUUCGUGCUGGGCGUGCAGGCGGUGCAAGUGGACGACCCGCAGCGUGCGGCGCGCGCGCGCAUCGAGGUCGAGGUGCUGGAUCUCAACGACAACUUGCCCGAGUUCGAGGUCGACUUCUACAACAUCAGCAUCGUCGAAAACUUGCCCAACGGCUUCAGUGUUCUCCAAGUGAUGGCCACGGACAAGGACCAGGGGGACAAUGCAGAGUUCACGUACCAGCUGCGCGACCCCCAAGGCGCGUUCUCUAUCGACCCCAAAAGCGGAUGGCUCACUGUCCGGAAUCAGACUGUUUUAGACAGAGAGCAACAUUCUUCUUUAAGAAUGAAAGUUUACGCAAAAGAAAAAAAUCCCAGCGUGGUCGGCACUUAUCUGGACAAGCAAAGAUUAUCCAAAUUCCGCCGCAACUCACCGGUUCCUGCUCUGCCAUUAAAAGAAAAAACUACUUAUGUUUAUCCAGAUAAAAUUGGAACCAAGAGUGAAAAUAUCGAGUACUUUGAAGAUAUAAAUCAGCUGAUGUCCUUUGUAACAGUUGAAGUGACACUUCUCGAUGCUAAUGAUAAUAAUCCCGUGUUUGUUCCGAACAAUCUCUACGAGUUCACAGUGAAAUCGAAUGCUAAAAUCGGAACUUUCAUCGGUAAUGUUAAAGCUGUUGAUCCAGAUCUGGGGAGAAAUGGAAUUGUUUCCUACGAUUUACAAAGAACGAGUAAUCUGACGAUUACUUCCCCAUUUCAAGUCGAUGCUAAUUCUGGUGAGGUUACUGUGGCUCAAUCUCCUAUACUAGAAGGGAGGCAUGCUUUGUUUGUAGAGGCAUCUGAUCAGCCCGCUAAUCCUAGCGAGAGAAGAUAUUCUUUAGCUGUGGUGACGGUUGAUGUAACUAGGUCUAAUACAGAUAAACCAGAUUUCAUCGGCGCACCAUAUGAGUUUUGGGUCGGUUCAAACGUCGGCAUUGGAACUAGUGUUGGUCAAAUUAGAGUCAACGAAGCAAUGGAAAAGUCUGAUGUCUCAUAUGAUCUCUUACAUGGAUAUGAAGAAGGAGUGCCAUUUGCCGUAGAAGAAAGAUCUGGAGUGAUAACUGUUAUUCACGAUCUAUCAAAGUUCAAUCGUCUUAUGUACGACUUUGAGGCGGUCGCUAUGCAGGAAGGAAUCAAUUUGAGCAUAGCCACUAACGCGACCAUACAUGUUGUGGAUGCGGACGACGAGAGAGGUUUCCUGUUGAAGGGCAGCCAAUCACCGAUCACAUUUCAUGUUAAAGAAAAUCUAGCAGGAGCUAUGAUUGGACAAAUUUUCAACAUAAAUAGUAGCAGUACUACAAUGAAUAAACCUACAAAUAUAAGAUAUAUCAUAGCCAAUCAACAAGAUGUCACAGAUGAUAUCGCAAUUGGUCAAGAUGGCACCAUUUAUGCGCAAAAGCCGCUUGAUCGAGAAAAGCGUGACUCUUACAGAAUGACAGUUAUUGCCGAAUUUAACAAAGGAAUCGUAUCAGGCGCAGGAAUUUAUCAAGUGAAUAUAUUUGUUGAUGAUGAAAAUGACAAUCCUCCAAUAUUUGACAACCCCAUUUAUGAAGGCGUUAUUACCGAGAACGCUAAAAAGGGGACGGAAGUGAAAAUGACAAACAAAAUUAGAGCAACUGAUGCUGACCUUGGUCAAAAUGCAAUUUUUUCGUAUACCUUGUUUGGAGAUGGUCACGAUCUAUUUGCUGUAAAUGAAUUGAGUGGUGUUGUUACAUAUGUUGGCAAUAAACUUGACCGAGAGGAAAGGGGUUCAUAUUUAUUAAAAGUUGUUGCCAGAGAUAAGGGAAGUCUUAAAUCUGAGGCAAAGUUAACUAUUACAGUUCUCGAUGAAAACGAUAAUGAACCAAAGUACAACCAAAUCAUUAUUCCAUUAGGAGAGAGUGUAGAUUUAUUAGAGACGCAUGGCAGAACAGACGUGAAAAUAUUUAAAGAAAAGAAAAAUGACGUUAAUAGUGGAGUUGCAAAAAUAGAAGUUAAACCAAAGAACAAGUUUUCAACAGCUGUCGAUGCAGCAGGGCCUUUAUUUUUAGUUCCCGAAAAUAUAGCGAUUGGAUCAACAAUAUUGAAAUUGAAUGCUAUAGAUAUGGAUAGUGGAUCAAAUGGUCAAAUUCGCUAUGAAUUUAUGUCUGAAGUUUUUAUACCACCAACUGCAUUGUCUGGAAAUGCGUUGCAAGUACGAAGAUAUUUUGUUAUCAAUGAGCGCCAUGGACAUAUUGUUGUGGCUAGAGCAUUACCUCCAGAAGCUGAAUUUAGGCUAAAUGUAUCCGCCAUAGACGGCGGAGGGCUUAGUGAUCAUAUUACAAUACGAAUAUUUGUCAAAGAUAUCAAUGAUCAUUUUCCAAUGUUUAAAAAAUCGUGGUAUUCUUUUAAUGUUGAUGAAGCUCAAUAUAGUAGACGAGUUCUUGGCAAAGUUGACGCUACAGAUGCUGAUUUUGCACAAAAUGCGAAUUUAACCUACUUCUUACAACCAGACAGUAAAGAUUUACCGUUUGAAAUUUCUCCAUUAAACGGAGUUUUAAGUAUAAAUGGUGAAUUAGAUAGAGAAAAAGAAGAUAAGUAUAUUCUUACUGUAGUAGCCAGAGAUAACGGAUAUGAAAAAAAGCUAACUUCAUCGGUCAGUGUAGAAAUAGAGGUUUUAGAUGUGAAUGACAAUUCGCCUAAGUUUUACGCCUACGACGAAUUAUUAGAAUGGAAACACCCAGAAGCUGAUAAUAUUUCUAAUCACAACUUUGAAUCAGUCAUGAUGAUUCCUGUGUAUAAAACUACCUUAGAAGAAAAUACUCCUAUUGGAAGCGUAGUAACACGAGUCUAUGCAAAUGAUUCCGACUUAAUAAGCAAUGGAAAUGGAUUAAUACUUUAUAGCUUGCCGCAAAGAAAAAAUCAAAUGAAUAUAUUUUCAAUAGAUUCAAAAGAAGGAAUAAUCACAACAACGGGAAGGUUGGACUAUGAAUCCCAAUCCGUAUAUAACGUGACAGUUGUCGCAUCAGAUUUAGGUUCACCGAGUUUAAGUUCCACCGCCAUAGUUAUGUUGACAGUAAAAGACGUACCAGACGAAAUUGAAGUAUCAGAUAAACCAGUUUUCAUAUCAAGGUAUUAUGAACUCGAGAUCGAAGAAAAUGUUCACACUCCCGUGGAACUUGUUACUCUAAAUUUGACGGAACAUUACGAAAACUUUAAAAUGAGGUAUUUCAUAUUAAAUGAAAAUGAUACAGACAUAAAAAGAACUUUUGUAAUAGAUCCACGCAAUGGAACAUUAUAUUUAGUCCGAAGUCCAGAUAGAGAAGUGAAAGAUGUUUAUGAGGUUUUGGUUAGAGCGGAAAGACAAAAGAUCAGCCGAGAACUGCCGCACAUGAUCUAUCCGGUGUCAGAUGACGUACUGGAGGGAAUGACGAAAUAUGAUGUUAAAAUAGUAGUGAGAAUAAAGGAUGUCAAUGAUAAUGCACCAAAGUUCCUUAAUGGAGGUCGACCGAUGGUUACAGCUAUUCCGACUACUGCUCCUUUUGGAUAUGAAGUGAUUCAAUUGCAGGCUAUCGACGCUGACACCGGGCUGAACUCGGACAUCCGCUACCAGGUGAUGAACUCGGCUGGUGGACGUUUCGCGGUGUCCCCCCGCAGCGGCGCGGUGCGGACCGCGGGCAGCUUUGCGCACGACGCCGGCAAAGUGUUCGGCUUCGAUGUGAAGGCCACUGACCGCGGCGGUGCUGAUGACGGUCGAUCUGCUAUCGCUAACGUCUUCGUAUACGUACUGGAUGAAAGUAAACAGUUGAUACUUGUGGUUGGUGCGAAACCGACUGAAGUGGAAAAAGAAAUGGAAAAUAUAACGAGAUCCCUUUCUAAUAUGACGGGCUACGACAUCCGAGUGCGAAGACUCGAGCCUAGCUUCAAAGGCUCCAUGGAUGGACACGCAACCGAUCUGUAUAUUUAUGGCGUUGAUCCUUUGUCAAACGCCAUCAUCGAUAUGGAUGUUUUACAAAAGUUGAUAAUGAAACGAGAGGCGUCUGAGCGUCGCGAGGUUGGUGGCUUCAAGUUGCUGAGUGUGGGCGACACGAGCACAGUGCAGGCGCGCAGCGGCAAGCUGCUCAGCACCAUGGAGAUCGGUGUGGUCGCACUCGGCUGCUUAGUCUUCAUCGGUGCCUGCACCACCGCCGUCUGCAUACUCUGCGUCAGGACCAACAAGAGAAAACGCCACAAAUCAUAUUCCCAACAACGCCUUAAUGCUUUCUCCACUGAGCACCUUACAAAAUUCAGCGGCCUCUUUCCAUCCGGAGGCAACCAGUGCCAGGAGAUUAACCAGUCGUAUAGCGAGGCCGAUUCCUAUAUCGACGUGCUCAACCAUAGCACGUUGAAGAACACGUGUCCUCAUGGUAACACGGUCGAGGAGUUCGGCAAGGCCCAUCAGAAGUGCGUUAAAAACCAGUUCGGUGAAAGCUCCGAUGUGUUCGGUCAGAAACAUGAGAGAAUAUGCAUAAAGUACAAUCAACGCCCAUUGCAGAAGAGGAAAGGACAGGACACUUCGAUAACGUCAGUGAAUUCCAGUGGACAGGACUCGGGGAUAGCGGAGGCCGGCCGCUGCCCAUGCGGUCACUCCACCACGCACACCUCAGAGGAAAGCAGCGGUUGCAGUUACGAGGAUUCCUUGAAAUCGAACCACAACCUGGAACCGCAUCCGAAAUUGUAUAGAACUGAACCUGAAACCCGUUUCCUUCGACGAGCUUCCUUCGGUCACCAACCAUUGGACGUGCGAAGAUUUAACGCUCGAAGACAAUCAUUUUCUGAAAAUAUUCAAAGGCACUUUCCUCCAGUCGAGAAGAUGGGGCCCGGGGGCAGACUAACACGACAAAUAUCUACUCCAAAUGUCAAUGUGUCACAAACAUAUUUUAUGGGUGGUAAGAAGAAUUUGCGAAGAAUAGAGGCAGUUAAAGAACCAGUUGUUGAUUACGAUCAAAGUGAAGCGGAAGACCAUUUUGAUACAAGACUAGAUAGAAGAUUAAGUGGACAGAAUCGCAAGAGAGCGAGUUUUAUGGAGUUGAAUGGUCAAACUGCGGUGUUUGUCGCGACUCCCGCAGCAGCGGAGAUCAUGAGACGACAGGGAAGUGAACGACUGAUGUUCGCGAGACCUUUAUAGCAGUUAAGUGAAAAAGAAAUGUACAGAUGAGGCUUUAAUUUAUAUUAUCUUUAUAGAAACAGAAUGAUAAGUUGAUGACAUAAAAAUUUUAUGAGGGCAUUUAAACUCAAGAAAUUCUUUUUAUCGAUGUUUUCGAAUUCU